UUCAUAUCGAUUUAAUCUCUGCUUCGGGUUUCUGACUAAGUAUUAUUUAUUUAAUCUAAGCUAAAGCUAAAGAAUUGACCAGAUUCCAGGCGCACUAUGAGAAUGGAUUAGUGAGUGUUGUUGUUGGAGUGGUGUGGCAGUGAGCAGUAGGCUCUCACAGUUAGUCACUCAGUCCCUACCACCUUUUGCCAUAAAUGAAUUGAAGCAGCUGCUGCUGCUCCAAGCAUCUUCCUUUCAUUUCAACUCCCUUAUUUACUUCUCUUCCCUCUCUCCCACAUCUCUCCCACCUCUCCCAUUCCCAUGAUAUAACACUCUCUCUCUCUAAGUUUGCUGGGGUUGGAUAUAUCAUAUAUGGUUGGAGUUGCUCCCUGAAGAGUUUUGUGUUCUGGGUUUUGAUUGUUUUGGGUUGAUAUUGGUGUUGUGUUGAGGGAAUGGCAACUGAGGAAAAGCACGUGGGUGAGGGGAAUCAUGAGAAUUCAAGCCAAGGGGCACUUGUUGCUUCUCCAGUUCAUCAAAAGGUUGAAGAAUCAGUAGGAAUAAUUCAAGUAACACCUCAAGUUCAUCCAUGGAAGCGACAAAAUCUUCACCUGGAGAUACCCUCAAGAACAGAAGAAGAUGGAGUUCAGGAUUUUGUUGCAAUAAAGAUGCCUCCAACACCAAGUCCCACCCCUAGGAAAGUAAAUUUUAAUCUUACUCCAGGAUCAAGUGAUGCAAGAACUAGUGGAUCUCCAGGCCCCUCUUCAUCCAAAGGAAAAUCUUGUAAAAGAUCUCUUUUUCCGAAACUAAGCUUCAAGAAUCGAAGUUCCUCAGAUGUAGAGAAGGCUGUCAACCCAGCUUCAGAAGGUUCACCUGCAGGGCCACCACGGGAAAAGCCUUCCAUAUCAAGGUCAAUGUCCCUUACCAAGCUAUUCACUCCGCGGAUAAAGAGAACAUCAUCUCUACCUGUAACUCCUAUUGCAUCUUCACUCCCAGACUCUACACAUGGUGGAAGUGUUGGUGGCUCUCUAAAUUCAGCAAGAAAAGGAGCUCGACAGAUAGCUCGCUCACUUUCAGUUCCAAUCAACCCUAAAGAGAAGGUUGCCUUAAGGAGGAUGGAUUCCUUUUUCCGUGUAAUUCCUUCCACUCCUCGGGUGAAGGAAGGGGAUGCAAUAUUGAUUACUUCCCCAAAAGCGGAUGCUGGAAAUGAUGAUGACAAUGGUGAAGACAUAUCUGAAGAAGAGGCUGUCUGCAGAAUUUGUCUAGUUGAACUUUGUGAAGGGGGUGAGACCCUCAAAAUGGAAUGCAGUUGCAAAGGUGAACUUGCUCUGGCCCAUCAGGAAUGUGCUGUAAAAUGGUUUAGUAUCAAAGGUAACAAGACCUGUGAUGUAUGCAAGCAAGAGGUUCUAAACCUGCCUGUCACUCUAUUACGAAUACAAAGUGUUCGAGCUCGAAAUACUGGAAGUACAUUUCUGCAGGAAGAUGCUAACGGUUACAGGGUUUGGCAGGAAGUGCCUGUGCUUGUCAUUGUUAGCAUGCUUGCCUACUUUUGUUUUCUUGAACAGCUACUGGUUGAGAAAAUGGGUACGGGUGCAAUUGCUGUCUCUCUUCCAUUUUCUUGUGUACUGGGACUCCUUUCAUCAAUGACCUCAUCAACCAUGGUCAAAAGAAGAUUUGUCUGGGUCUAUGCGUCGGUUCAGUUUGCUCUGGUGGUUUUAUUUGCACAUAUAUUUUACUCGUUGGUCCGGGUGCAAGCAGUUCUUUGCAUUCUCCUGGCAACAUUUGCCGGACUGGGUGUUGCGAUGAGUGGGAGUUCCAUAAUUGUCGAGGUCUUGAGAUGGAGAAGAAGAUGGCAGAGUCGCUCCGAGCAAAGCCAUAGCCAAUCCUAAAGUGUUAUCAGCAUCUGCUGAACUAGAAAAUGCAGGCACUUUGAUUCAUACCCAAUUACCCAUCAAUGCUU